AUGUCUACUCAUCUCGCUGCCGUCCUAAAAGGCAAAGGCCAAAACUUUGAGAUCGAAUCUCGUCCCACCCCAAAGCCCGGACCAAAUGAACUCCUCGUCGCUGUCAAGUCUGUCGCGUUCAACCCGGCAGACACUUUUAUGCGCAGCCAAGGCUUCUUCAUCACCGAGUACCCUACAGUUACCGGCUUUGACAUGGCAGGUGUCGUUCUUGAAGUCGGCGAGAAUGUUCCGACUGGCAACGACAAGAGCACUCUCUGUUUCCGGCCUGGAGAUCGAGUCGUCGCUUACUCGGCCUCAGCCUGGAGAUCCUGCGCGCCAGACUAUGGAGCCUUUCAAGAGAAAUGUCUUGUUCCAUGGCAACAUGCCGUAGCUAUUCCCGAUACCAUGUCAUGGAACGAUGCUGCGACGUUACCCGUGUCUGUACAGGUACCACUCAGUGCCUGGGAUCAGAUGGGCAUUCCAAGGACAAACGAAAAAAGAAAUGAAUCAAGUACGCCAGUCCAGAAGAAUGAAAUUCUACUUAUCUGGGGAGCCUCCUCAAGCGUGGGCACAAUGGGCGUUCAGUCAGCACGUAUAAUGUGCCAGGAUCCAACAUCUCCUUUUGUAGCGGUGUAUGCCACGGCUGGAUCUGACAAUCUUGAAUACAUUCGUUCUCUAGGUGCGGACUGUGUAUUUGACUACAAAGACCCAGGAGCCGUGGACGCGAUGGUUUCCGCAGCUCAGAGCAGCAAUCUGAUCAUCCGCCAUUGCUUUCUCGCCGUUGGAAAGUUAUCUCAAUGCCAAGAUGUGCUUAAAGCCUUUGUCAAAUCUGGCGACAAGUCAGCGAAGAUAGUCUCGGCACCUCGACUUCCGGAAGACGCAAAAGAUGUGGAGGGAGUAGAGGUCAUGUUCGUGACGCCAUCGACGGUGGAAGAGGAAAGGUUGGAGGAGUUCCGAUACUGGCUGGGUACAUGGUUGAGGAAUAGACUCGCCGAGGGGUCUGUGAGACCAAGCCCUGAGCCAACUGUUGUCGGAAAGGGCUUGGAGUUCAUCAACAAGGCGUUGGAUAGAAUGGCUCAAGGAGUGAGUUGCACAAAGUUGGUGGUGGAGAUUGACAAGUAA